UAAGCUCCGACAUUUAAACCUGCCGAUAUGAUGUUGGAUAGAUUGGGUAUGGCGAUGCGAUACAAUAACCGCGCUCUGCUAGGUACAUGAAUUAAAAUAUUCAUAGGCAGUAGCCAGCCAAUCACAUCCUCUAUUGAACAAGUUCCCUAAUUUCGACGAGUUAAGGUGGAAUUUCUGUCAAUAUGGAUGCUAUCAAUGCUUAGAAUCUCGUUAUACUCCUCAGAGAAAUUGAUAUUACUUGGAGUCAACGAAUACAACACACAUGAGGCUACGAAUCAACUCCCAACGUGACAUCAUACAAGUCAAGAACAUUCCGACUGGUCUCGUCUUAGGAGUUGGGCGGUAUUCAUGCGUCUUCUGAUCUUGAUUCGCAACUGUUGCGCGUGAUCUGGACCCUGAAUACUCGCUCUACAAUGCUUAGACAUGCUAUUCCAUCCACUACGAAAGUACUUGAAGCAUGUCCUCGACACGAAGCCUAUUAGAAACCCGAUCGUGAUAUCCAACAACUAAUCUUACCCCAAGUUCAGACUAGAUGACGGAAGCAACAAGAUAUAAGAGAUUGGAUCGUGGAUGUGUAUUGGGAGCCCUUGAGUCGCGAUUGUCUACAAGUUCAAAUUUUGCCCAUGGUCCUCAAAUUCAAUUAUUUCGUAUUCGUUCAUCGUCCAGAACCAUUCCAUCGACUUCUGUGAUGCCUCGUCAAGGACUUGACGAAGAAUCUGAUCAUAUCCCCACCGUAAAGCCGACCGAUGAUACUAUCCAGACGUAUAAUAAAAGAAUUCAAAUAAUGGAACCUAUAAAUAACCAACUCCGUACAGAUAUUCAGGAAAGACAACAUCAAGAGUAUGAUGCGAAAAAUGAGCUUAAACAAGCGAAGUUAAGAAUAUCCGAUCUUGAGAGUCAACUUGAAAUUCAUGUAAAUGAAUCACGAAUCAUCGCCAAACAACGCGAUAAGACCGUCAUGAUAGAAGACCGACAGGGUAAAAUGGAAGAGAGCGAUCAAAGCUACUACGAGUCAGAGGGCGUAGAGAAUGGUUUUACGGAGCAAGACUUUUAUGAAGAGGGACGGCACUAUAUUAAAAAUGAUAAGGUAGUCUUCCAUCAUGUUGUCUGGGGAUCAGAGUCCAUCAACGACGAGUUACUUGAACGCCGUCUUUUGGACUACAUUACCAAAGACUCUAGCUUCAUCGUCACUCGAAAAUUUGUUGGUCAUGAAAUAAGGAAUGAUGAACAAGCAACAUUAGUUAUCGCAUACUCCAAACCCCCCAAUACCUCAUUGCGCUGGCUCGUCGUCAAUGAAGGUCACGAAGGAAAAUUCAACUUAGAUUGAGAUUAAGUAGCAAUCCCAGCUAAAUUUAAGUAUUAGAUCCCAAGAAUUGCC